AUGACUAUAUGCCGACAGUACAUGAAGGACGUGAAGCACCCGAGGAUCCGCUCUGGUGAGAUCCUCUUCAUUAUUAUCUUGGUCCACAGAUUCUUUCAUAUUGUCCGAGUCAGGGGGACUCCUGCUUCGGGUAAGACAACUAUCAUGAAUCUGUUGGCCAAUAAGUUGCUUGAAUAUGACCCGGAGACACCUCUUUACGUCUUGUCUGGUUGGGAUAAAGACACGGUGAAGGAUGCAUCGGGCUGGGCUGGUUAUCCCAAACAACAAACUGGUCUGUCCAUGGCCGCUCCUGGUUGA